AUGGACCAAUUGCAAUAUGAAUACGUCGUCUCUCGCCUCGAUAUCCGCGCUUCCCAACUUGCAGAAUUCUACAUGUGGAUGGGCAGGCUCAGUUCUACCCUCAUAGACUGCGCCAGACACGUCGGCCCUCGCAGCCGCCGAGUCCCGGCAAGCUACACCAUGUCCGAGCUCACCAGGUAUGCCCAGGUUCUCAAAGACUCCAACCUCUCUGAGCUGUUCACCCGCAAGCUAGACCGCAUGGCCAACGCCCUGAUCCCGCGCUUUGACAACGGCGAUGACCUCACAGAGCAGGGCCAGCAGACGCUGAAUGUCGUCAAGCAUUACCAUCACCAGAAAGAGAGGUUGCUGAAUGAAAGGGCAAUUUUUGUCGGGCUUUUGGAGGAGAAAUUUGGGAUCUUCCCUAGAAGUGACCGCGCAAGGGAGGCCAGCGCGGAGCUAAUUAUGUUAUCGAAGGCGGCGUAUGUACCGUAUUCAUAUGAGGAUCAAAAAGAAAUUAUGAGCGAGAAGUUCAACAAGACGACGACAAAUUUUAAUUAUGCUUCCAAGGCCUGGUAUUUUCCUAAGUCGGGGGUACUCUCCUUUGAAACUUAA